AUGGCACUCUCCGUCGCAAUCGCUGGAGCUGCCGGCCAUCUAGGCCAGCAUAUCGCGGCCGCUUUCCUUUCCCCCCCGUUCCAAGAUGCCUUUUCCCGAAUUAUUUUCCUCUCGCGAAGCGAACAAGGCAGCUCGUCCCCAUUGGCAAAGUAUAAGUCCCACAACAAGGUGGUAUUCCGACAAUACGAUGAAAAAAAUCCCAAGUCCGCGUUGGACGGCGUGCACAUCCUCGUCAACGCUGUCGGCGCAACCGGCCACGACUUUAAAGAGAAACUCCUCCGCGCUCUCCCCGGAUCUGACGUUCGACUGUAUUUUCCGUCAGAGUUUGGGGUCGAUCACUAUGUGCAUGACUUUCCGCACGGAGAGUGGGACAGGAAGAAGAAGCAUGAUGCCCUGGCGCGAGAGAUUGUUCCUAACGUGAAGGUGUGCCGGGUAUUUUGUGGUUUGUUCCUGGAGGAUAGUAUCGGGCCGUGGUUUGGUCUGAACACCAAGUAUGGGAAGUAUGAGGGCGUUGGAUCUUCGAAGAGUCCUGUGUCGUUCACGGCGUUGGAUGACGUGGGGAGAUCAGUUGCACAAUUGGCCGCGAAGCCUCCUGACCAGAUCCCGGGGAAGGUGCAUAUCGGUGGUGAUACGCGGAGUAUCGCAGAGGUUGCCCAGAUAAUGGAACAGGCUGGUGCUGGGAAGAUCGAAGUGAGUGAGGUCGGCCUGAACGAGUAUAAGGCCGAAACGACAAAGGAUACCUCGUCUACCGAUCCGGCGAAAUUCCUGCGGUUCCUGAUGGGCGAAAGAAAAAUUGAGCAUACCACGCAGGGAAUGGGGAAUAGUAAUGAGGGUGUUAAUCCAGGCGAGAGCGUGUGGAAAUGGAAGCGAUUGGAGGAAUUGGCGAAAGAGACUGGAGGGAAACCAUGGGGAGACUAUGAGUGGUCUUGA